UAGCGUGAGCCUGCGCUGAGAGAAAAGAGGAGGUUCUUGAAAAUAGUUUGAUUUAUUGAUGUUUCCAGUAGAAAAAUAAUUACAGCGAUAUAUUUCACAGGAACUUAAUUUAUUGCCUUUGUCUUCCCACACAAGAAAACGGGAUAAGAUUACCGUAGGAAUUCAAAAGCCAAAGCGAAGGAGGGGAGGAUGAAGCGGCGCAAUGCGGACUGCAGCAAACUCCGACGGCCGUUAAAACGGAACCGAAUCACCGAGGGAAUAUACGGCAGUACCUUCCUGUACCUGAAGUUCCUUGUGGUGUGGGCACUGGUGCUGCUGGCAGACUUUGUGCUCGAGUUCAGAUUUGAGUACCUGUGGCCUUUCUGGCUCUUCAUCAGAAGUGUGUACGACUCCUUCAGAUACCAGGGGCUGGCAUUCUCAGUGUUCUUUGUGUGUGUGGCGUUCACCUCUGACAUCAUAUGCCUGCUCUUCAUCCCAGUACAAUGGCUGUUCUUCGCUGCCAGUACCUAUGUGUGGGUGCAGUACGUGUGGCACACAGAGAGAGGGGUCUGUCUCCCCACAGUGUCUCUUUGGAUACUCUUUGUGUACAUAGAGGCAGCCAUCAGAUUCAAAGACCUGAAGAACUUCCAUGUCGACUUGUGUCGCCCAUUCGCUGCACAUUGCAUUGGCUACCCAAUGGUGACGCUGGGCUUUGGAUUCAAGAGCUACGUCAGCUAUAAGAUGCGCUUAAGAAGGCAGAAAGAGGUGCAGAAGGAGAAUGAGUUCUACAUGCAGCUCCUGCAGCAGGCCCUGCCCCCAGAGCAACAGAUGCUCCAGAGACAGGAAAGGGAGGCAGAGGAAGCUGCAGUAGCUAAAGGGAUAUCUGUGAUGGACUCCACCCCAGUCUCACAGAAUGGCGCCCCUGCCAGUAAAAAGACGGCAGCUUCGCUCCUGGAGCUGGAGUACAGAGAGAAAGGGAAAGAGGGCCGCGAGGCCAAAAAGCAACACAACAGCAUCCUGCCGUCAUCGGUAGACUCUAAACUCCAGGAGAUGGAGUACAUGGAGAACCAUAUGAACAAUAAUAGACUUACCACAGAGCUGGUGGGCAGUACAGAGAACCUGAUGCUAAAGGAGGAGAACUCUUCCUCCUGCUCAUCGUCCUCGAAAAACUACAAGAACUCCAGCGGAAACGCGGCCGUCAACUCCUUGCCCUGCGGACACUGCGUCACCAACGGCAGCGUCCCAUCAUCAGCCCCUUCCUCCUUUUCAUGGGGGAAGAAGCAGAAGUGUGCAGCGGGGAAGGGUCCAGCAGUAGGCUCCCACAGGGACCCAACAGACAACUGCAUCCCCAACAAUCAGUUAAGCAAGCCUGAGGCACUCGUACGGCUGGAGCAGGAUGUGAAGAAGCUGAAGGCAGACCUGCAGGCCAGCAGACAGGUGGAGCAGGACCUGCGCAGUCAGAUCGGCUCCCUGGGCAGCGCUGAGCGCUCCAUCCGCUCUGAACUGGGCCAGCUGCGCCAGGAGAACGAGCUGCUGCAGAACAAGCUCCAUAACGCAGUCCAGGCCAAGCAGAAGGACAAGCAGGCCGUGGGCCAGCUGGAAAAGAGGCUGAAGGUCGAGCAGGAGGCCCGCGCCAACGCAGAGAAACAGCUUGCAGAUGAGAAGAAACGUAAGAAACUGGAGGAGGCCACCGCAGCCAGAGCCGUCGCACUAGCAACAGCAUCCAGGGGGGAGUGCACAGAUACACUGAGGAGGCGGAUCACGGAGCUGGAGACAGAGUGUAAGAAACUGACCAUGGACAUCAAGCUCAAAGAAGAUCAGAUCAGAGAGCUGGAGAUGAACGUGCAGGAGCUCCAGAAGUACAAGGAGAAUGAGAAGGACACAGAAGUGCUGAUGUCAGCGCUGUCGGCCAUGCAGGAAAAGACCCAGCACCUGGAGAACAGCCUGUCUGCAGAGACCCGCAUCAAACUGGACCUGUUCUCAGCACUGGGGGAUGCCAAGAGACAGCUGGAGAUUGCACAAGGUCAGAACCUGCAGAAGGACCAGGAGAUCAAGGACCUGAAGCAGAAAAUAGCUGAGGUGAUGGCGGUCAUGCCCAGCAUCUCCUACACAGCUGACAGCAGCAACAUGACUCCCGUAGCCCCCCACUACUCCUCCAAGUUCAUGGACACAAGUCCCUCCGUCCUGGACCCAAAUGCCUCCAUCUACCAGCCACUCAAAAAGUGAAUGCUCCCUCCAAACCUCCAUUCUCUUUUUUUUCUCUUUCUUUUUUUCUUAAGCCGACCUCCAGAUCUGCUUGGAAGGUCUGCGACUGAACUGUUUUUGUUAAAUUUUCUCGCCAGAUCAGAAGGAUGUUGUAUUGUGUGACUAUUUGUUGUAGUUAAAACAAAAGACUAAAAAAAGAACUAAGGGACAUCACAUGUCGACUAGGAAUUCCCAGUUAUUUUUCUUCUUGUGAAUGUCUUGUGAAAACGUAGAGAAUUGGGCUUAUCUAGGGCGUUUCAGUUUCCCCUUCUACUCUACCAGUUACUUGGUCUCUGGGCUUGGUUUUAUUUAGUUAAAUCUGGGAUGUGGAUCUCUGCUAGCAGGAGUGCUCACCCUUAUUUCCACAUUAGACAUUCUGAUCGCUGAGUGCAGAUACCCAGUAAACUCUAGCCCUGUUUUGUCAAUGGUAUUUUUCAGUUGUGAAUAUCAGACCAAAUUGAACCUUCCAGUGGCUGUUCUUGGGUUUUGUGGUAUUGGUUCUAUUAUGUUUGAAAGUGGAUUGUGUGGUCUCCUAUUUCACUUGUUGAUCUUGCCACAAAAAGUUGAAAACAUCACUGAGUUGAGAACAGAGCUGUACCAAGAUGUUAUUUGUUUGAAUAACAAGGGAUAAAUCAACAUAAACCAUC